AUGGAUAUUACUUACCAGCCUUACAUUGAUCCUGAUUUCGAAGUACUUAUUGAAAGAAUACAUCCACCAAGGGUUUGUAUUGACAAUGAUACCUAUCAACACUGCACUCUUGUCAAGAUUGAUAGUGCAAAUAAGCACGGGAUGCUGCUAGAAAUUGUCCAAGUUCUUACGGAUUUUGACCUCGUGAUUUCCAAAUCAUACAUAUCCUCUGAUGGUGGUUGGUUAAUGGAAGUAUUCCACUUAACUGACCAAGAAGGGAACAAAAUUACUGACGAAAGCCUCAUUCAGUACAUACAAGAGGAAAUAUGCGCGAUUAGGAGGGCUAAAAGGGAAAAUAGAUCGAUUUUUGCCGAAGAGACGAGCCCAACACUGAUGUCAAUAGAAAACACAGCCAUAGAGAUGACGGGGAUGGAUCGACCAGGUUUAAUGUCGGAGAUGUCGGCUGUGUUAGCUAAGUUUGGCUGUCUCGUUUCUGCUGCCACGGUGUGGACUCAUAAGGGCCGAGCAGCAUGCAUUAUCUACUUGGAGGAUGCCUCAAAUGGUGAGCCAAUCACGGACCAGUGUCGUGUGGCCCAGGUUCGGGCACAGUUGGAAAAUGUGGUUGAAGCCCACCACUAUGACAACGAGAGACGAAGUGUAAGGUUGACAGGCCCAGCAAUGGGCCAAACCCACACGGAAAGGCGGCUGCACCAGUUGAUGGCGGCGGAUGGAGACUAUGAGAUGUGUUCUUCUUGUUGUUGUGGUAAUGACAGCGACGAUGACGAUGAUGUAUACGGGCAUGUAGACCAUUACAAGAAGCAGCAGAAGGAAUGUUAUGGCACGCAUGUGAAAAUAGAGAAAUGUAGAGAUACGGGCUACUCGAUCAUUACCGUGAGGUGUCGAGAUCGACCCAAGUUAUUGUUCGACACCAUUUGCACUCUGACCGACAUGCAAUACGUAGUAUUCCAUGCAGCCAUUAGCUCCAAGGAAUCUAUAGCUGUUCAGGAAUACUAUAUAAGGCACAAAAAUGGACGCCCUUUGGAUUCAGAAGAUGAGAAGCAGUUGGUUACCCAGUGUUUGAUCGCAGCUACAGAAAGGAGAAAUUCUCAUGGAUUAAGACUGGAUAUUUGCACAGAAAACAGGACAGGACUAUUAUCUGAUAUCACACGAGUAUUACGAGAAAAUGGACUAUCCAUAACAAGAGCUGAGAUCCGUACCCACGGUGAGAGAGCAGUUGGCACAUUCUAUGUAAAAGAUACUUCGGGACAAAAUGCUGAUCCAGAAAAACUUGAAACUGUGAGACGAGAAAUUGGAAGCGCCGCUGUAGCGGUAAACAAAUCUUUGAGCUCCCCAUUCGCGAGCAACGACAUCCAGAACAAGUAG